AUGCUCCAUAAUGGUUAUAGCAUGUUUAAGAAGAAAAUAAGCUACUUAUUGUGUCAUCUUAUACUAUUGUGGACUGGAAUCUCCAAUCUUUUAGGAGACUUCGACUAA